CGAGACGAGACGAAAAAUAUUGAGAAUACUCCUUCAAACAGGCUGUUGAAAAAAAGGAUGCGCGACCUUAACAUUUGAAAUGACGCAAAAAUUGUCGGGCAGAUUUGACAGAGUUUCUGCAUUUCCUCCUUAUUUCACAGUAGACGAACUUUGGAUGUAUAGAAAAAAGAAACCUGAUGCUUCUUCGCUUAGGGAUAAUCUGAAACUGGAGAAAGGUUCCUUCAAAUUUUUGAAGACUGAAUACAUGCGACAGUUUAAAAAUUUUUAUGAACUCCUUAAGGCAAAAAACGGAAACAAGCCCAUCAUUUUUACUACUCAUCCAGUUAAACCUUUGGUUAACUUGAACUUAGAGGGUCACCAGGAGUAUCACUCCCAGUAUAAAGAGUCGUAUGGCAAGCAAUGGAUAAAUGGUCUCGAAAAUAUACCCAUGGAAUAUGAAACUAGUCAAAAUGCUCCUCAAGAUCAAUCCUUACCACUCAGGCCAUUAAAACUAGGUAGAAGACUGCUGAAGAAAAGACCAACUCUGUUAAAAUUGGAGGGAGAACAUUACUACAUCACUGAGUAUACGGACAGAUAUAUCAAAUACGCAGUUUUGGAAAGAACACAACUUUUAAGGUACAUUUCCAUUACUACAAAUUUGUAACAUGGGUCGCGCAAC